AUGAAUCAUAUAAUUCAAUAACCAAAGACAGCUCAAAAAUCAAAGAAACCUUCUAAAGUUGUUUCGAAACACCCAGAAAUUCAACCAAACAAAACUCUUGAAGAAUUAAGAAGUAAAGAAUGGACUGCUGCGAUCCAGAAGGAAAUCGAUUAAUUUGAAUCGUCUAUUGUAUAUUAUUUAUUGAUAUCAAAAGCAUGAAGUUGAGGCUCUGUUCAAAGAGGCUUCGAUAUCUUAACAUUUAGUUAGUUUAGGAACUUUUAAAUUGGUUCAGGAUGAAUAUGAAUUUGCAGCUUUCAAGUUACAAAGCUUGAGAGAGAUGCUCGCAAAAUAUUCUGAUGAACACUCUAAAUACCAUCAAAUCAAAUAGAAAUUGAAGGUUUUGACUAGUAAGUAGGAUAAAAGUGCUGAGGAGAAUGAAGCCAUUUAAAAGAUAAUAAGGGAUCAAGAAAAUUUCAAAUACACCAUUACAAAAGAGAGAGAGAAGAUUCAAUUCCAAUUUGGAGUUGCUUAAAGAGUUUUAAUUCUCAUUCAAGCCUACAUUAAAUUAAAGGAUCAACAUGAGAAUUAAUAAGACCUCUAAAGACACAGAGAUUACAUCUUGUAGAAGAUCGAUAAGAUCAAGAAGACAGAAGAAAAGCAUACUAAAAGGAUUGAAAGACAUUUCAAUAAAAUAUAAGUAGAAGAUCCUGAUGCUCCUGAAGAUAUUGAAGUUGAAGAAGAACAAAGCGAAGAAGAAUAAGAUACUACUGGAGGUAAUACAGCAAGAGAAGACUUAAUAAGUAAAUUAUUUGAUGUUAUACCCUUUUAGAGUUGUGCGAUGGUUUGGUUUCUUACUUAACUAAGAUUGAGAAAAAGGAAGGAGUAAUAAUUAUAAUAUUAUAUAAUAGGAUUCAUUCUUAUAACAUGAUUUGGCAACUUUCCAAUAUUUUGAUCAAAUUAGAGUGGCAGCUCCAUUUUAUUCAAAUUAAAUCGAUUUGGCUAUAGAUUUGAUUAAAGCAAAAAGGACUUUUUAUGAAAAUGCACCUGAAAGUGAAUUUGUUAAAAAGGAAGUUCAAAAAGUAGUCAAACAACAAGAAUAAAAGGUUGACGUUACCAACGAGUAGGAGUUUCCUAAAUUAUCAUGAGAUUAUUUAUAAUCCUAAAACAAUCAGUCAGAAUUCUUAUAAAAU